UUACGUGAGGUUGUUGGCAAACCCUAUCGCGGCAGGUGGCCCCGUACUUCCUGAAGUCGCGUAGUCGUUGCCACACCUCCUGGCGAUUGCCGGUCCUGGUAAAGGUCGAAGGGGUCGGCCUCCUCCCACACGUAUCCGACUCAUCAGUCCCUUACCUGUCGCGGCCUUGACGAGUGCGCACUCGGCCUGGUCCCUCUCGAGCCCAAUGCUCAUGAGAAUCCCCACCUCCUCGUCGGCCAGCUGUGCGCUGUCACCACUGCCGUCACCUGCAGCAGCCCCCCACCCACUGCGGUCUGCGGCUAGCGGCGUGAGGACGGGAGGGUCGUUGAUGUCCGGGUCGUCCAUGUGUGCGAUUAGCCACUCGAGGGCCGCAUCGGGAGUGGCGUUGGGGACCGCCAAGACGGCACGACUGACGCACAGCACACAUCAGUCAGUGACACAUAGAGGUGUGUGAGGAGGGUCUCGGCUCUCUUUGGUUGUGUUUUGUUUGUGGUCACUCACUUGGCGGCGUUUUCCGAGUAGCCCAUAGAGACCAGCUGCGCCACCACCAUCUCAUCAGGCACCUUAGCCGGGGAACCACCAUCGCCUUUGCCCCCGCCACCGCGUUUGGCAGCAGCGGCCCCCUUGACGUUGGUGCGGUAGAGGUCGGAUUGGUCGUCGCUGUGGCGGGACAGCAGCAGGUCCACAGCCGCCUCGACAGCCAUGCCAUUGGGAACACGCAGCGCCGCUUCCCUGUGGGAGCCAUCAGCCACACACAGACAUGCAGGUGUGAGCGAUUAAUCGAUUGCAUCACGCCCCUCGCUGUCUGUCUGUCUGUCUGUCGACGCGUGGGAAAGAGUCUCGUGAGAUAUAAAAUGUAGGCGGCGAUCUGACACACAUACAGCGACGGAGAUUGUGUCUCUGUAUCUGUGAGGCGAAAGUGUUGCUCGCCUCCUUCUCCACCUUGAGCGCAUCCCUCUCCUGCUUGACCGCCGCCAGCUCCUCCUUGAGCGUCGCGAGCUCCGCCUCCAACUCGUCGCGGGUCUUUGUCUGUCUCUGAUGACAACACACGCACACACACACACCAUGAAUGAGCAGACCUCAGAGAUGCAGCGGCACAUGUGCAGCUGUGAAGUGCUGUGCAGUUCGGUUACCGGGGGCUGCCCUGGUGGCCGCUCGAUGGAGGCUUGGAUGAGCAUGGCGUGGCAGCGGUCGCGGGCCUGGUUGGAGAGGGCGUUGAAGCGCAGCUCGAACUCCUGCAUAUAUUCACGAUGAUGGACACAGUGAGUGAGUGCAAGGAUGGACAUAUGUUCGGUCUCUCCUCGGAAGAGUGUUUGUUUCCAUCUUAAAGCACGUACGUAACUCACGUCAAUGAAGUGCACCUUCAUCUCCCAGAGCUUCCACAUGAAGACGACGGGGUCGUCGUCGAAGUUUGGCCAGUCGAUGUCCUUGGGGUCCUCUGGAAUGGUGGUCUCGUACCAGUCCUCGACGACCUCAGGAUCCAGCACGUACCUGACCUCCGACAU